AAAACUUACUAGUGUUAACAGAGAAAAAAAAAUUGAAAAAAAAAAAGUUAUGUUUGAAAAUAAGCUUCAUGAAGUUUAAUUUUUUUUACAUUGGAAAUGGGAGAAAGAGAUUUUGUGGUUUUUGUUGUCAAUCACGAUUAUCUCCCAAAAGAAGGUGAGAUUGAACUCAAAGUUGGAGAUGAAUGCUACGUUAAAAAACCAGUAGAAAAUCCUUAUGGUUUGUUGGAAGGGGUGAAUAUGCGAACAAAAGCGAUAGGUCGAUUUCCCGGAAAAUAUUGUACUAUUGUUAAUGAAAACACACCACCACCACGACCAUCUAAACCAAAACCAGAUCCCAACCGUUCAAAAUUUUUUUAUAUAUCAAACCAUCAUAUUGAAAAAGUGAAUAUAAAAAGGCCAAUGUGGUGUGAAAAUUGUGAUGAGUACAUUUGGGGAGGUUCAAGAAUUUCUUUUAUGUGUACAAAGUGUUUGCGCUGUACUCAUAUUGGAUGUCAUAGAGUUUUUCAAAAAGAAUGUCUGCGUGUUUCUUUUUCUUUAUCAAGAGACUCUAUUUUAAAGCCAGUAACUACUUGGUCUUGUGAAGAGGUAAUGGAAUGGAUGGUGGCUUCACAUUUACAUAUGUACCUUAAUUUGUUCAAAGCUAAUCAUAUCAAAGGAGUUGAUCUAGCUAAUGUUAAUGAGCAGCAUUUGAAGAACAUUGGUAUGGGAAAUGAUCUUCAUAUAAAGCAACUUACGCAAUGUUUAGAUGAACUUCUGCUUGAUCCACCAACUGCCUCAGAAUUGACUAAUAACAUACCUUUAAGUACAAAUAAUAAUAUAAACUGUCAUCGCAGACUUUACGAACAUACAUUCACAACACUUCAGAACUGUGACCUAUGUAAAAAACCAAUGUUUGGAAUCAUUAAACAAGGUUUUAUGUGUGCAGAUUGUGGAAAACAGUGUCAUCGAUCCUGUGCAUUUGAUCUGAUCGGUCCUUGUUCAGAAAGAUUAUCAGGGAGAAGGCCAUCCGAUUCACCAGAUCCAUCAUUUUGCUGUAACUUUACUUCAGUUGUAAUACCUCCUGUUAUGCGAAAAUGCAUUGAAAUGAUAGAAAGCUUUGAGAUACUCACAGAGAAUAUUUACACUAAAAAUGUUCCAUAUAUUUAUUGCAAUGCUCUACGUUCAGCUCUGAAUCAAGACCCAGAAACAGUUAACAUGUUUGAUGAUGCUUGGUCAGACCCCAGUUUUGCUGCUUAUGUUUUAAAAUCCUUUUUAUUGGAAUUACCAAACCCAUUUUUAUCAGAAUUUAUGUAUGAUUCAUUUAUAAAUUUGGCAUCUGGCGGUCAUUAUUCUUUGCAAGACAUUACAGAGUUGUAUUCAAACUUGCAUCCAUCAUGUCGUUCACAUCUUAAUGUUGUAUUAAGGCAUUUAUUAUGGGCGAUAAACAACUGUGCAAAUAACGUUAUAACAGCUGAAAGUUUAACAGUUGAGUUUGCAAUAUUGUUGGUUAGACCACUUGAUUAUCAAGCAGAUAAACUUGUUGCACAUUUUGACAAACAUAAAGAAGUUGUAAAAAUGUUGCUGUGGUAUAUUUCACAAAGAGAAAUUUCUGAAGCUGAAAAUUCAGGUGAAGACUGGUUUUGGGCAGAUGCUACUAAAAGAGAAGUUUCACUAGCACUUCGUGGAAAAUGUGAUGGAUCUUUUCUUGUGCGUAAAUCUGAAAACAGGCUUGGGGAAUGGACUUUAACUGUUAUGAAAGAUGGCAGAGAACGAUUUAUAAAGAUAAUGCAACAUAAUGGAAGAUUUGGUUUUCAAAUAAGCUUGUUAAAUUUUUCAAGCCUAAAAUUUUUAAUUGAAUAUUUUAAAGACCACUCAUUAAACGAAAUGAAUUCAAACUUGGACACAUGUUUAAAGUAUCCUUGCAUAAAGCAAAAAAAAAUUUCAGUAAAUGAAAACGAUCAAGUAGUUCAAAAAAAAUUUAAACAAAUUGAUGAAAAAUUAAAAGAAAUAAAAAUAAUUGAAUUCAAGAAAGAAGAAAUGCAAUUGCGUCUUGAAGAAUGCAAAAUGUUGUCAGAAUCACAAACAGAUAUAGUCAAUUUUAUUUCUACACAAUGCGAUUUAGCUUAUAAGCAAAUAAAAGAAGCAUCUCCUGAAGAUCAACACAUCUUUUUAGAGAGCAAAAGAGUCUUAGAAAGUAUUCUACAAAUAGAGAAAAAUACAUGGAAUCAGCUAGAUGCAGAGUUAGUCACACUUACAUAUGAAUAUGACACCCUUAAAGCCCAACUCACUGAUCUUGGGACAGAAUUGCCAGUUCUUCAAGAGGAAUAUAGUCAACUUGAAAAACAAAUGGAAAAGUAUUUUCCUGAUGAAAAGAUGAAAAUUCAGUCAGAAAAAAUGGAAGACAUCUAUGAUGUCUUGCCUGUAUCUCAGCCUCGCAGACAAAGCAUUGGCCAGGAAUAUCCUACUCCUGAUGGUUUAGAUGAAAGUUUAUGGCUGUUUGGUGAAUUAGAAAGAGAACAAAUAGUGGAAAUGCUAGAAAAUAAACCAAAUGGAACAUUUCUUGUUCGAAAAAGUAAACAGUACACAUACUGUAUUUCCCUUGUGCAUGAUAAAGGUAACCCUCCUAAGAUAAAACACAUUCCGAUUUUAAAAGGACCACAUGGUUACGGUUUUGCUGAACCUCAUAACAUAUACCCUACUCUACAAUCUCUUAUCAAUCACUACCAUUCUCAAUCCUUGCGGAUGCAUAAUAGCUCAUUAGACACCACCUUAAAAACCCCUUAUCGAUUCUUCGAACACUGAAUAGAAAAAUCUGGUAUUAAAUAAAUCAUGUGGUUUUAUUUUGCAUUUAACCUGGAUGUAAUAAUAAAAAGACAAACAAACUGAAUGGUAUAAAAUGUGGCAUUAUGCAAACAGAUUAAGAUCGACUUUAUGCAACUUUUCACCUGUCUCAAAAUAAAUUGACUGGCUAAAAACUUCAAGUUUCAGUUUAAUAGACAACUCGUUUAUAUAUUUGAUAAAUGAUGUAAAUUUAA